GCGCGGCGGGACAAAGCGGGGCCGGGCCGGGCCGGAGCGCGGCAUGGAGCGGGGCCCGGGGCACGGCUAGGCACGGGCCCGCCGGCGCGGCCCGCAGCCGCUCUAGGAACGGAACGGAACCGGGCCGGGCCAUGCGGCGCUGAGCGGGGCCGGGCCGGGGCGCCGCGAUGCUCCGGCGCAGCCUCAGCCGGCUGUGUGCUGGGGAGGAGAAGAGGGUGGGCACCCGCACGGUGGUGGUCGGGCACCGCGCCGUCCCGGACACCGAGGCCUACGUGGCACAGAAGUUCUGCGACAACAGGAUCGUCUCCUCCAAGUACACCCUCUGGAAUUUCCUCCCGAAGAACCUUUUUGAGCAGUUUAGAAGAAUUGCCAACUUCUACUUCCUCAUCAUCUUCCUCGUGCAGGUGAUAGUGGACACCCCAACCAGCCCGGUGACCAGUGGCCUCCCACUCUUCUUUGUCAUCACUGUCACAGCUAUCAAACAGGGGUACGAGGACUGGCUGAGGCACAGAGCUGACAACGAAGUGAACAAAAGCAACGUCUUUGUUGUCGAAAAUGCAAAGCAAGUGCGGAAAGAGAGUGAGAAAAUCAAGGUUGGAGACAUAGUAGAAGUGAAAGCAGAUGAGACCUUCCCCUGUGAUUUGAUAUUUUUGGCCUCCAGCAGCACUGAUGGCACCUGUUAUGUCACUACAGCGAGCCUGGAUGGCGAGUCCAAUUUCAAGACCCACUACGCCGUGCGGGACACCACGGUGCUCUGCACUGACGAAGCCAUCGACACCCUCACGGCCACCAUCGAGUGUGAGCAGCCCCAGCCUGACCUCUACAAAUUUGUUGGAAGAAUCAUCAUCUACAGAAGUAACCAAGAGCCUGUAGCCAGGUCCUUAGGUCCUGAAAACCUGUUGUUGAAAGGUGCUACCCUCAAAAAUACCAAGAAGAUUUAUGGAGUUGCAGUCUAUACUGGAAUGGAAACAAAAAUGGCUCUCAACUACCAAGGGAAAUCUCAGAAACGGUCUGCUGUGGAAAAAUCUAUCAACGCUUUCUUGAUAGUGUAUUUGUGCAUCUUACUGGGCAAGGCCACUGUGUGCACGACUCUGAAAUAUGUCUGGCAGAGUAAUCCAUUUAAUGAUGAGCCUUGGUACAAUGAGAAGACUAAAAAAGAGAGAGAGACCUUCAAGGUCCUGCGGAUGUUCACGGACUUCCUGUCCUUCAUGGUCCUCUUCAAUUUUAUUAUCCCUGUCUCCAUGUAUGUCACAGUAGAGAUGCAGAAGUUCUUGGGCUCCUUCUUCAUCUCCUGGGACAAGGAGAUGUAUGAUGAGGAAAUACAGGAGGGAGCACUGGUGAACACCUCAGACUUGAAUGAAGAGCUUGGGCAGGUGGAGUAUGUGUUCACAGACAAAACUGGGACACUGACAGAGAACAGCAUGGAGUUCAUCGAGUGCUGCAUAGAUGGGCACAAGUACAAGGACUGCAUUUCAGAGGUGGAUGGCUUCUCCCAGCCUGAUGGGCCCCUCAAGUACUAUGGCAAAGCUGAAAAGAGCCGUGAGGAGCUGUUCCUGAGAGCCCUGUGCCUGUGCCACACGGUUCAGAUCAAGGAGGCAGACCAGGUGGACGGGCUGCUGGCACAGCCAGAGCGCAGGUGCACCUACAUCUCCUCCUCCCCUGACGAAAUCGCUUUGGUGAAAGGCGCAGAAAAGUAUGGUUUCACUUUUCUAGGACUUGAAAACGAUUUCAUGAAAAUACGAAACCAAAAGAAUGAAACUGAGAUGUACCAACUUCUCCACGUGCUGAACUUUGACCCUGUGCGGCGCCGGAUGAGCGUCAUUGUGAGAACCAGCACAGGAAAGUUGCUUCUCUUCUGUAAAGGAGCAGACUCCUCUAUUUUUCCAAGGGUGCAGCAAGAAGAAAUCCAACAAACAAAAGUCCACGUGGACCGCAAUGCUAUGGAUGGCUACAGAACGCUGUGUGUGGCCUUCAAAGAGCUCACUGAGAAGGAGUAUGACAAAAUUGACAGACAGCUCAAUGAAGCCAAGAUGGCUCUGCAGGACAGGGAGGAGAAGAUGGCCAAGGUGUUUGAUGACACAGAAGCAGACAUGCACCUGAUUGGGGCUACUGCUGUGGAGGACAGGCUGCAGGAGCAGCUGGCAGAGACCAUCGAGGCACUGCAUGCAGCUGGGAUGAAGGUGUGGGUGCUGACAGGGGACAAGAUGGAAACAGCCAAGUCCACCUGCUACGCCUGCAGGCUGUUCCAGACCAGCACUGAGCUGCUGGAGCUGACUGCCAGGACUGUGGGGGACUCUGAGAGGAAGGAGGAUCGGCUCCAUGAGCUGCUGCUGGAGUACCACAAAAAACUGAUUCAGGAUGUUCCCAAAAACCGGGGAGGCCUGAAGAGAAGCUGGACAUUGAGUCAGGAAUAUGGACUGAUCAUAGAUGGCUCCACACUGUCCCUGAUCCUCAACCCUUCCCAGGACUCUGGCUCCAGCAAUUACAAAAGCAUCUUCCUGCAGAUCUGCCUGAAGUGCACUGCAGUGCUGUGCUGCAGGAUGGCUCCUUUGCAGAAAGCACAGAUUGUGCGAAUGGUGAAGAACACAAAAGGAAGCCCAAUAACUCUCUCCAUAGGGGAUGGUGCAAAUGAUGUCAGUAUGAUUUUGGAAGCACAUGUUGGAAUAGGGAUAAAGGGCAAAGAAGGACGCCAGGCCUCCAGGAACAGUGACUAUGCUGUGCCAAAGUUCAAACAUUUGAGAAAACUGCUACUAGCACAUGGGCAUUUAUAUUAUGUGAGAAUAGCACACCUUGUACAGUAUUUCUUCUAUAAGAACCUUUGCUUCAUUUUACCACAGUUUUUAUACCAGUUCUUUUGUGGAUUCUCACAGCAGCCAUUGUAUGAUGCUGCUUACCUGACCAUGUACAACAUCUGCUUCACAUCACUGCCUAUCCUGGCUUACAGCCUCCUGGAGCAGCACAUCAGCAUUGACACACUGACCUCGGACCCUCAGCUCUACAUGAAGGUGUCAGACAAUGCAAUGCUGCAGUGGAGGCCAUUCCUGUACUGGACCUUCCUGGGAGCCUUUGAAGGACUUGUGUUUUUCUUUGGGGUUUAUUUUCUGUUCCAGAACUCAUCUUUGGAAGAUAAUGGAAAGGUCUUUGGGAACUGGACCUUUGGGACGAUUGUUUUCACCGUGCUGGUGUUCACUGUCACUCUCAAGCUGGCGUUAGACACCCGCUUCUGGACGUGGAUGAACCACUUUGUGAUUUGGGGCUCCCUUGCUUUCUAUGUGUUUUUCUCAUUCUUUUGGGGAGGAGUCAUUUGGCCUUUCUUGAAGCAGCAAAGAAUGUAUUUUGUAUUUGCUCACAUGCUGACUUCUGUUUCCACAUGGCUGGCAAUAAUUCUCCUGAUCUUUAUCAGCCUUUUCCCAGAAAUUCUUCUAAUAGUUUUAAAAAAUAUAAAAGAGAAAAAUCAUCAGGCUGGCCCCUUUGAUCUGCCUGUGUUAGUGUCAUACAAACGUAUAGAGAAUGGUUAUGUGAAGGCUGAAGAUGCUGUUACUAAUUUGGCAGAAAGAUAUCCUCUCAGGAUACCUUAAAGUGCUCCACACAACCACUGCACAUUGUCAUGCUGUAGGAAACCCGUGGUUUUGAGCUGGCAGUGCCCUUUGCUAGUGCCAAGGACUGUGAGCAGCUGCUGACAGAGCAGCAGGGCACUGGCCCCACCUUAGUCUUUGGUCUUGUGGCUUCCCUGCCCUCCCAGAAAAACCAAUUCUGCCAAGUCCUGCGUCACUGGAGGCUGAGAAAGCAUCUUUAGGAGUUCACCCAGAGCAGCAUGGAUGGAAGUGCAAGAGUGCAGUGCCAGCCCCCCUCACGUGGGGGUUCCUCUGCCCUGCAGAUCUGUCCCAGAGAGCAGAGCUGCUCACAGCUCCUGCUCUGCCUGACCAAAGAAGUAGCACAGACUUCAACCCAGCCCCAUCCCCCCAAAACCUGAAGGUGCUGGGAAGAGGCUGCAGCCCUGGAGCCCCUCCCAGCCAUGGGUUCCCAAUUUCACACAGCAGGAUCAGCUGAAAAUUUGGGAGAAAUCUUUGCUGCUCCCUCGUCCAGGAGUAGCUGGAAACAGUCUGUGCUCUGUCCACAGCAGUGUGUCUGUGUGAAGACCUGCAGUGCUGGGAAGUGCCAGAGCAUCCUCCCAAAACCACUCUGCUGCUGGGUUUGUUCCUGCUGGAGGAUGAAGAAAAGGUGGUUUUGUGGCUGUUUGUGAUGGAAGGAACACUUGGGGGGAGAAAGGAGUCCCAAAAGUUGUGCUGUGGCAGACUCUGAGCCCCUGCCCAGGUCUGGGGCUGUGCUCACAUCACUGCACUGUGCAGUUGCUCCAACACUUUAAAGGCCUGAGGGACAGUGCAGUCCUUGGCUGAUCCCAGGGACAUGGGCUGUGCCUGUGAACCUGUACAAAACUGCAUCUUGAGUUAUUUGCACUAAGAAAAAAGAAGACAGUUUAAAAUCAAGUACAUGAACCUGAUUUUAUUUUAUAUUCUAUUUGUUUUUUAAAUUGGCAUGUUCUUUUUAAAUCUGCCUGCACCAUGGUCGUAGGAACUUUUCUCUUUAGGUUCUGCACAGCAAAGGUGAGAUGCCUGACUCAAUUUUAUUUUUUUCCUCUGAUACUUCAUAUGUGGAAAGAGCAGCUUUUUUUGUUGUGUUGUCACAAGCAGUGCCAGCCAGCUCUGUGCCACUGCUGGUUGGUGUGACAGUCCCUCCCUCGUGCUGAUGUCCCAGAGGAACUCCUGUGAGAGCAGCAAGCUCUGUGCUGGGUUUGGCUCCUGCUCCUCAGGCUUUGUGUCCUGUACGUACAACAGAACAAUUUGGGACUAGACAGAGCAUUCCCCUCACCAGAUUCUGUUGAACUGCAGACUGUUAAUUUUUGGAAGGAUUGAGUCUUGCUCUCUGGCUGCCAUGGCUGUGUUUGUGGUGUGGAUCAGCUGCUGGCACAUUCCCUGCAUCAGGAGGAUUUUGGAUGGGCCUUACCCCAGUGGGAGAGGAGAGUGCACAUCCCUGCACGCCCCUGUGGCUGCUGGGCCAUCCCCAGCACGGGAGGGGACGGAUGGACAGAUGGACAGGACCCUGUAUUAUACACUCUGCACUGGCCUCACCACAAGCAGAGUCUGCACUGUGUCAGUGGGCACAGCUCAGCUCUUGCUGCAUGCAAGGCAGGAGCUGCACUGCCAGCAUGUGUCCUGUGGGCAAAGCUUUCAUUUUCUUCUUGUUUUCUUUUUUUCCCCCAUUUUCCUAGCUCUUUUCACAGACCUAGAAUUCAACUUGCAGACCUUGUCCCGUUCUCUUCUUGCUGAAAUGUGGUGCCUACAGGUCGAGUACACAAUGAAUACAAUGAAGACAUGCUCUCUAUGCCAAAUCUAACCAUUCUCCUUAAGUACACGGUUGCUGACUUGUGUUUACAUAACCUUUCAGAAACAGGCACUAAACUGCCUGAUUCCUGUGAUUCAAAACCAUUCCAAGCCCCAGUGGUCCCAAGCCUGACACCUUGCUUCUGUUCUGUGUCAUGCUCUGCUCCCAGGGUCAGCCUGUUCCCCUGGAAUUCCAUUGGUGAUACCAGCAGGAACAGUGAGACUUGAACUGUUGAAAUAGUCAUGGGAACAGGAUAAUUUCUGCUGCCUGUCUCAACACAGCCUCCUGAGACCCAAAUCUUUCUCUUGGUGUUUCCAAGUGUCCUGUCUGCAGCUGGAACGAGCCCUUGCAACAGCUGAAUGUUCAACCCAAGGUGUGUGUGCUGCCAGGGGGGUGGAAUUCAUGUGGGAUGUCCUGAAUAGCAGCUCUUCUGGGAAAAUACAGCUUUUCUUGGGCUUGGAUCUUCAGAGGGUGUAGUGUGGGUGCAGCCAGGCUGCCCUGGUCUGCAGGAGAGCUGAUCCUCAUCACUCAAAAAUUCCUAUUGCUGUGGGUGACUUGUGAAAUCAGGAGACCCCUUCUGAGGUAGAGAGGGGGAGAAGUGGUGGCAGGGGCUGUAGGGCAGCAGGACUGAUGGCAGUGGUGGGUGCUGGUGUGUCCCCUCCACACUCCUGCUGCUCCUCAGGUGCAGUAAAAGGUCAGUACAGACUUUUCGGUGGAGAAACUUGAAGGAAAAAAAGGCUGGGUUUUCUCAUCAUAAUUUGUCAAAGUUUUAUCACUGACUAGUGACACUGAAAGAUAAGGAAAGUUAAUUAAGAUUCCCUCUAAAACUCUUUAUGUGAUAACAGUGGAGCUUGGUGUAGUCAUAGCGACUCUUCAAAAACUAAUCCUAAUCGUUAUGAGAAUAUUAUAAAUGACUUGGAAUCGCAUAAAAGCUUCAAAUUGAAUUUGUAUACACUCAGUUGAAAAACUUUCCUAAUACUGCACCGUUUAUCCAAUUUCCCAGCUAUGAAUUUUUUUAAAAAACCAUGUAGUAUAUAGAAAAUGUAAAUUAUAUACAGGCAAUGAGCAGAUACAUUUUCAGCUUCUUGCAAAGAAAAAGGACUGCAACCUUACAUUUUUUUCACUUAAAUGCAAUUUUAUACAUUUAUGUUGCUUUAUAUCAAGGAAAUUGAAUGUGAAUGUUACCUUUUAUGAAUGCAACUUGCUCUUUUUUUCAUUACAGAAACUUUUGUUUGAAGUAAUCAAUAAACUUUGGUAUGUUGUUCUGAUUAAUAUA